AUGGCAGCUCAGCCGAUAUAUAACCCGGUAAUACCAUGCGUUCAUCCGAUUCCCGGUGGCUUAUUCCCCGGCCGUAUGAUAAGGUUCCAGGGUAGUGUACCACCUGGCGCUCAAAGAUUCGCGAUUAAUUUCCAAUGCGGACCAAAUACCGAUCCUCGGGAUGACAUCGCCCUUCAUCUCAACUUCCGCUUCGUGGAGAUGUGCGUGGUCAGGAACCAUUUAACGGCCAUGAGUUGGGGCGUGGAAGAAACUAGUGGGGGAAUGCCUUUAGCGCGAGGAGAGGCAUUUGAAGCUUUGGUGCUGUGUGAGCCGCAAUCCAUCAAGGUCGCGUUGAAUGGAGUGCAUUUCUGUGAGUUUCCGCAUCGUAUACCCUUCCAAAGGAUCAGUCACUUGACGGUGGAUGGUGACGUCAUGCUGCAGUUCGUCGGCUUCGAGGGUGCUCAGCCGAGCCAGAUGUAUAUGGCGGAACCCCCAGCAUACGGCAGCUAUGGCGCUCCGCCCUCGUACGGCGCCCCCGGCUACGGAGCACCCCAAGGUGGUUUCGGUGGCGCGGUACCCCCACAAUACGCGGGGGCUCAAACAGUACCCCAAUACACUCAAGAGCGUCGUGGCAUGGGAACUGGGGCCGCCGUGGGUUUGGGAGUUGGAGCGUUGGCAGCUGGUGGGCUGGCGGGUUAUGCUCUAGGCGGGGGCUUCAGUAGCAAUAGCCCUACCGAGGAGCCAGGUAGCCAUAGACGACGAGGCAAUGAUGCAAAUGAAGGUCAAGAACCUUACUGUGCCCAAGGCCCUUACGGUCAAGGCCCUUAUGGCCAAGGCCCUUACGGCCAAGGCCCUUAUGGAGGCCAAGGGCCUUACGGCCAAGGGCCCUAUGGAGGUCAGAAUCCUGGUUAUGGAAACCCUGAUCAAACUCGGAACUAUGUACAAGAUCCUUUCAAUCCUCAUCAGCCUCCAGUCGCAAAUGUCACGCCUCCUCCGUACGGGCACGGUCAAGACAGUCAUUAUUCCCCUGGAUAUCAGCAUCAGAAUUAUACUUACGGUCAAGGGUAUCCACCCCAAGGACAGGGGUAUUCACCCCAAGGACAGGGUUAUCCACCCCAAGGACAGGGUUAUCCACCCCAAGGUCAAGGAUACCCGGGAUAUGGCCAAGGAUACCCACCACAAGACUACCCUGGACAGGGACCUCCUGCGUCCCCCGGAGCUGGUUUGGGUCAAGCGGCGUGUUGCGGUUCGUGCGUAGCCUGCCUUACUUGUCUCCUGUGCUCUUGCUUUCAGGGUCUAAUGGGCCAGAGUAUGCCUGGAGGUGGUGAGAACAUCGUUGAUGAUGGACAGAUGCCUGGAACAGCUAACGUUACGUCACCACAAAUAACUGAUAGUCCACCACAAGCAGCUGUCGGUCCACCACAAAUAGCUGAGGGUCCACCACAAACAACUGUUACUCCACCACCCACUCAUCACCCUUAA